AUGCUUCUCAAACUCACUACCCUCACUGCUAUCUUGCCUUCGAUCCUUGCGGCCAACAUCACGGUCACUGUGGGUCAGAACAACGGUCUCACCUUCACACCUGCUCAGAUUACUGCCGCAAUCGGCGACGUUAUCACUUUCACCGUCCUCUCGCGCGACCACUCUAUCACCACGACGAACUUCGCCGGCACCGUUUGCCCUCCCCCAGACGGCGGAGUGGGCCCGAACGGCUUCGACUCUGGCUUGUGGGUGAUUUGCUUAAGCAUCAACUAUCGUAUCCACAUGUCUACCCACAGCCUCUCCGACCUCGACGGCUCCCAGCCCAAUUUUCGCUACACUGUCGUCGACGCAGUACCUCACUUCGGCGCCUGCAAGCAGGCUGCGGGAGGCCACUGCCGCGCAGGCAUGACCUUUGCGAUCAAUCCCAACUCGACCUUCACCUACACCCAGUUCCUUGCGAACGCUCGAGCAUCGUGA